GACCGGUAUCAGCGCCGCGUGGAGUCUGUAGGCAAUUCAUAAUAUUAAUCACAGGCCCACGACAUUCAAGGUCAAGGUUGUCAACUUUGCGAUCCUGCGCUGCGUCCCCCUUUCUCCGACUACACCUGCCACCACGACGAAACAAGAGCCGCCCGUCGAAUCAUUGCUUCAAUCGCCUCCAUCACCUCCCGCCGUCCACCUCCCACAAAACGACCAAAGGCCACCAUGUCUAGAAGACCGCCCAAUCCCGCCGCCGAGAGAGCGGCCCAAAACCAGCAGACCAUCAAGAGCCUCCUGAAAUUGGAGUGCAACAAAGUAUGCUCCGAUUGCAAGAAGAACAAGCACCCGCGAUGGGCCAGCUGGAACCUCGGCGUCUUUAUCUGCAUCCGGUGUUCAGGCAUUCACCGUGGCAUGGGUACGCACAUUAGCAGAGUCAAGUCGGUCGAUCUCGACUCCUGGACCGACGAGCAGCUUCGAAGCAUCCUCAGCUGGGGCAAUGCGCGCGCGAACAAAUAUUGGGAGGCCAAGCUGGCGCCCGGCCACGUCCCCUCGGAAUCCAAGAUUGAGAACUUUAUCCGCACCAAGUACGAGCUCAAGAGAUGGACAAUGGACGGCCCCAUUCCCGACCCCGCCAGCCUCGACGUAGACGGCGACGACGAUGUGCCCUUGAGCCUGGUCAAGGAGAAGCAGAAUGUCGAGCGCAGAGAAUCGGUUCGCAAGAGUUCGGUCGGCAAGUCCGCCGCGCCCCCCAGAAACGUCGCUGCCCCGCAGCCGCAAAUCGAUCUUAUCGGCAGCGAUGAUCCCAUCCCCAGAGCGAGCACUACCGGCCCCCAGCCCGGCAAGGUACCCCCGAAAUCCGAUCCUGCUCCUCCCAAGGCCACGAGCACCAAGGAUUCCCUCUUGGGCUUGGACUUCUUCGGCGAGCCCGCCGCCCCCCUCGACCAGCCAGCACCAGCAACACCGCAAUCCAUCCUGUCCCUGUACGCCUCUGCCCCGCGACCGCAACCCCAGCAGCAGCAACAAGCGCCUCAGGCUCAAGGCGGCGCGUUCGGCGGCAUGCCCUCACCCACCUUUGGUCACCAGCAGCAGCAGUCCUUUGGCGGCAUGAACGACGCUUUCAGCAGCCUCAGCUUCUCCAACAACACCACCAGCCCUAAGCCUGCCGCGGUAGACCCAUUCGCGAGCCUGUCAAGCCCGGUGAGCAGCACGAGAUCACCACCGCCUGCAUCAUCAUCAAGCGCCUUUGGAGGUCUCAGCGGCGGAAGCUUUUUCGACUCCAAGCCCGCGGCGGCACCCGCGCCCGCUGCGCACCAGAAGCAACCGUCCAACAGCGGCUUCGGCGGAUUUGGCUGGUCCAGCUCCCCUGCCCCGGCUGCGGCCCAGCCUAAGCCCGCUCAGCCGACGUCAUCCAUGGGAGAUCUGUUCGACCUCUCCGCUCCCUCCCAACCCGCCGCCGCCCCGAGCAAACCCUCCCCCGCUCCCGCAUCCAGCUCCGUAUUCAACCUCUCCCAACCCAAGGCACCUUCUCCCGUUCCCACCCCGGCCGCCACUAGCACAAUCAGCUCAGGAAACUGGUCUGGAUCCGACGUCUGGGGCUCCAACGCCUGGAGCACGCCCGACACGACUACCGCUGCCGCUGCACCCGCCGCCCCCAAGGCCGCGGAAGCGCCUAAGCCGUCCCUCGGAGGCGACUUUGGCGGAUGGGGCUCCUCUGGCGGCCUUUCUUCCAACUCAUUCGCCAACACACCGAUUGUCCCUGGAGCGUCUGGCGGCUUCAGCGCCGCACCCAAGGUUGCGGCGGACGAGGAGUUUGGUGGAUGGACGAGCAGCACCGAGCCCGCCGCCGGCUCCGGUUCAGCAAAGCCCAUUGGAGGCGGGAGCGAGGACCUCUUCUCCAACGUUUGGCAGUAAACGCAGCAUUCAAUUGCGAGCACAUGAAGGGUGGCAUAGGUCUCUGGGGUAGAUGGGAUGAGCGGUUUUGCAACCUAUUGCAGGGCCCAUCUUUUACGUUUUGGCACAUAGACACUCGAUGAAAACGUGACGACAUGCUUGAAGGCAGAGAGAAAGAGGGAGUGACAGUCUCGUGGCAUCUGUAAUUCAAUUGCAAAAGCGUCAUAGAUGAAGAAUUUAGCAGAAACUUUGAAGCAAAAGAUUGA